AUGGUCGUUAUCUCCAUGUAUCUUGCCUCCAUCUGUCUGAGCCCCCUCCCCGUGGGCACAGGUCAGGGCGGCUCCCGGUCACACGCCCCUCUCCAGGCCUCUGCUGCUGGGAAGAGGCCUCUGAUUGGCCGAGCUGCAGAGAGAGACGAGGACCAGGAGCAUAAAUACAGAGAGCAGCAGAGGGAGAGAAUCAUCUCAUCAUCCUCUGAACUGAAGCCACAGAAGCCACAGAAGGACUAUCUACAGCUCAACAUGUCUCAGUAUUUAGACCUCGCCAUCCAGGACAGUGUCAAGGAGCAGCUCUUCCGGUGUAAGCUGCACAUGCUGGAGAGGAAGUGUUGUGUGGGGGUGGAGAAGCUGAAGUCUCUGCUGCUGGAGCAUCUUCACUCUGGGAUCCCAGUGUCUGAGCUUCUGGACAAAACCCUGUCCUUCGUGUCUCUGAAGAGAGCCCUCCUCUCGCACAACGGCUACUCCAAAUACACACGGGACGUCCUGCGCCUCUUCCCUGAUGCAGAGGACGAUGUGGCUCCUCUCUGCUUCUAA